AAUUUCUAACUUUGUUGGCAAGAAGAAAGAAAAGUGCUGUUUACCAGGAAAAUAUUUCACGUUAAAAAACUAUUAGCCUAUUAUCGUGAAAGUAUUUCAUAUUAUACACAAAGGAUACUGGACACAUACCACUAGAAAGUUAUGAUUACAACUAUUAUUCACGACUAAAUUGGCCAGUCCAACGAUUAAUAUGGACAUCUGGACUGGUCGCAGCUACUUUAGUUUAUGUACCAUUUUCUGUUUUACAAUGUUCUCAGGAAGCAUGUGGUCAUUGGAAUACUAAAGAAUCUUAUUUUUAGAAAGUAGUUACCACUAUGACUACACAGAAUAGUGCUUGUGUAAGCACUAGCAAUGGUAAUACUCUAACAACAACAGCUUCAUCAACCCCCAGCAACCCGGUUCCAACCAGCAUGCUUUCCUUCCGUUUUGCAACACCAAACAACACACAAACACCCUAUUAUAUAUCAUCUGAUAUAGUUCUAAGUGGUGGUAUCGCACAGCAGAACAGAAGGAGAAUUGUUCACAAUGAAGUUGAAAAACGGAGGAAAGAUAAAAUCACUAAUUGGAUAAAGAAACUUGCAGACCUUUUGCCAAGACAUCGUGUUACUAAACAGAGCAAGAAUUAUGUGUUAGAGACAGCUUGUGAAUAUAUUAAAGAACUUAAUGGCAUUAGCACAGAAUUCAGUGAGCUGAAGCUAAGCAAGCAAUUACUGGAUUAUUGAUGAGGUUUCGAAUCACCUGAAAUAGGAAACACGUAAAUCGCACCAUUGUGUAAAGAAGAAUU